AUGGAAAAGGUUUGGCGUCGAGUCGGGCUCCAUUCCUCCCGAAAGAAAAGGGAUGGAAGUGGGACUAGCAGUCAAGUAACGUCAGCACCGCCGCCGGAAGCUGAGUAUCAAAAUAUUCAUACACUACGCACAGCUGAUCUGAUCAGGCAGAGACAAGGGGAAGAGAAAUCGACGCUUCGUUCGUCGUAUAUUAUUCGUAACGGUGACAAUUUCAUUUUGGUUGAGAGAAGGCGACGAAGACGACGCAGGAGUGGCACCAGGGCUUCAUCAGGCGGGAGGCACCAUACUCCACCUGUGGAAGAAAACACUCGCACUGAACAGAAGCGUCGUCCUCCGGCUAAAUUGAAGAUAUUUGGUAUCCAAUGGCCAUUGCAUUCCAGUGAUUCGAGGCACACUUCAAUAACCCGUCGCUUUUGUCGCGGGCGCCGUUCCAGAGAGGACAACGAGCUUUACCGCUCCAAUAGUUUCAAGUUCGAGAGAUUCGCGCGCGAGCAACCUGCGGACGAGUUUAGCACUGGAUCACAGAAAUCCUCGGGUUACGAAGUGUCGUCUUAUAAGGAUGCGUUCAGCGUGAAAGCG